AUGCAGGAGACACCAUCAGCGCCCCUUACUGCCUCUGAACAGACUGAGACAACCGCCACUGAGCAGAUUGAGACAGCGGACCCUGACACCGAUACGUGCAUUGCGCGCCGUUAUGCCCAGGCCGUUCACCCGGAGGAUCUCUUUGUUGUCAGCGGAGAUUCCGACAUGAUUGCCUUCAAGUCCAUUCCACGGCUUAUCUACCCUCUCGGAAAGUACCGUGAAAUGACCGUGAUCGACAAGGCGGACCUUCUUCGCGUACUGGAAAUCCCCUCGGACAACCACUUGCUGUUGGCCGCUAUUGUUGCAGGAAACGAUUAUACCAGUGGCGUGUCUUACUACGGCCUGAGUCCCUCGUGUGACAUCAUCCAAUCCAUGGAUCUACCCCUCAACGACAUCGAGUCCUUCGACUGUAUGUGCAGGAAUACCUUGUCCGCGUUCAACGAGAGAUUCUCGCCAGGAAACGCACCCGAAAAAAUCGCCACAGGAUGGAUACACAGCUAA